GUGCAUCUCAUAUUUUUUGCACAAUAUUUUAUAAUAUAACACGAGAGUUUAUGUUAAAUUGUGAGAUGACAGAAUCUAUGAUGAGUCUUACUUUAACGGAACCCCUUAGCAUUGCCCUUGUAUUAAAGUUAGUUUAGUCCGACAGUCUUAUCGAAUAUGUCUCGUCCACUUCACUACAUACACCGUCUACUUCACGACAUGACACUGCACAUACAUAAAAGAAAUGCAUCCAGAGACAAAUAUUAUUAUAAUUUGGAGUGUCAGAUUUACUCGAACUUGGUAGAUGGGAGUGUUUGGAUGAUAAGGAUUUCAAAAAAUCUCCGCGUUCUUUUCUGUUUGUUUCAAUCAUGAUACAAUAAUGGUGUUUGGCUAUAUUACGAUGAUCUUGAUUGUUUGGAAAUUAAUUCGGAAGAAGCAAAAAUCUGUGGAAAUCCACUGCAACAUUUGCUGUUAUGAAAUGCUUUCUUGUGGAUCGUGUGCUACUGCCUCCAGAUGAUGAAACUUGUGGUUCGCCUAAAUGGAUCGGUAAGGGUCUCACUUGCGUUUGCUUCAAGCGAAAGGGAAAUUAUCAGCGGAUUUGUAUGAACUUGACACCCCUUCAGGAAGAAAGAAUGGGACGAUUGAAGCAAAGAAUGAAGGUUUACUUUGAUGCUACUAGGCCGGAUCACCAGGAAGCGCUGAGAGCUUUAUGGUACGCUACAUUUCCUGGACAAGAGCUUAAGGGUUUGAUAUCUGAUCAAUGGAAAGAGAUGGGAUGGCAAGGAAGAGAUCCGUCUACCGAUUUCAGAGGAGCUGGAUUCAUUUCUUUGGAGAACCUGCUGUUCUUUGCAAAGACAUUUUCAGCAUCUUUCCAGUGUCUAUUGAAAAAGCAGAGAGGAAAGCGAGCUGCUUGGGAAUAUCCUUUCGCUGUUGCUGGUGUCAACAUCACGUUUAUGAUCAUGCAAAUGCUUGACCUUGAUGCCAGAAAACCCAGGACUUUCAUAAGAACAGUUUUCUUACAAAUGUUGUUAGAAAAUGAAUGGACCUUCGACUUGCUGUACUGCGUUGCAUUCAUGGUUAUGGACAAACAGUGGCUCGAGAGAAAUGCUACAUACAUGGAGUUCAAUGAUGUUUUGAAAUCGACGCGAGCUCAACUGGAGAGGGAGCUGCUAAUGGAUGAUGUUUUGCGGAUUGAAGACAUGCCUUCUUACAGCCUUCUUUGUUGAUGGGAACCAACCUAGAAGCUCUGCAAGCGCAUACUCUUUCGUUCCUUUUAAAAUCCAUGACUAACCGAAAAAUUGUACAAUUUCUACCUCCCUCACUCGGAGUAAGCAAUAUCAAUAGGGACAGUUGCGACAGUUUCACUGCAUACUUGCUCGUAUACAAAAUUGUAUGUCGACUGAAAUUAUUUUGUCUUGAAGGGUCCAGGAAAGGAAAUUAACUGCUUGUUUCGUUAUAUUAUUCAGAAGUGAAAGCUUAGAUGUAUUCAACAGGACAAUACAGCAGAUUACUUGUAAACGUAGAAAGUUGUAACAAGGAAUCACAGGACUCACAACCAGUGUUUAUAAAGGUGAAGGCGUAAAGCAAGGCGUUCAAUGUCUCACAAAUCUUGAGGCAUUGAGGCGUAAGCCUUGAGGCGUUAGGCUUACGGAAAUCCGAUAUAAAUUUGCUGUAAAGCUGUGAGAUAAAUAAGUUGUCCCUUUGCAGCUGACAUGCAUAAUUUGGCUGCUUUGAUUCUUUGAAAAAUGAAAAGAUUUUGAGUGCAAUGUUCACCUUUA